AUGGAUAACAAAAAGAUUUAGCAGGAAAACAAUGUCAACUGCACAAGCGAAAACACACUUUCCAGUCUAGUCAACGAUUAGAUGAAGGAUAAAAAGUUUUCUAAUGAAGAUUCCCUUUUUAAAGCUGAGCAGUCAUCAGACAUUAAUGUUUAUUAAGAUAAGUCUUUGCGUGAAGACAUUAUUUUGGAGAGCUCCAUAACUCCCUCUAGCAAGAACGGCAGUAAAUACAACAAAAAUCCUAGAAAAUAGAAGGAAUAUACAGGAUAUAAUCCUUAUCAAUGGCCAGCCAGUAUUGAAAUAGCUAAAACACACGAGUUGGCUACUUCUCUUGGCUAGGAUUAGGGAGGUUUAAGUUCAUAAUACAAAAAUCAAGAUGAAAGUUUUAAGCAGUCAAGCUAAGAGGGUAGCAUCCUAAACCAGUGCCCUUGCUGCGGAGAAAGCUCUAAUAAAAAACCUUAUAAUUGGAUUAAGACUGAUGUUACUAAAUCUUUAAGUGAAAAGUAUGGUACAGCUGUUCCUUUGCUAUUUGAGUUGAUUAAAUAUUAUGGCCUCUCCAUACUUUUAAUUUUUUGCAUUAAUGGAAUAUACAGUAUUUACGUUUACAAGACUUUAUGUGAUGAGCACCCUAAUUAAUGCUAUAAAAUGCUUGGAUUUUUACCUAUAUUAGGAGAUGACACUAUAAAUAAGUAUCUCUCGGAAGGUCAACUUAUGGUUUAUAGAUGGCUUAACUUUGCAAGCUAUGUAAUGAUUUUGGUUAGCUAAAUUCUUGUGGAUCUUUUCUGUGACGUUCGUGAAAAGAAACUGGAACAAUUUACUUCAGUGAAUGUUUUAAAGACUGCCAAAGCAAGAACUCUCUACAUAACAGGUAUACCUAAGUAUAAAACAGAGGAAUAAGCUAUGGACUUCAUUGUUUAAAAAGCACUAGAACUCACUAAAGGAGAAUUCAGAGUAGAAAUAGUAGAUUUCUUCUUCGUACGUGAUUACUCCAAAUUCCAUGAACUUUUUUAAAAGAGAACUUAGCUUUACUUCUAGACUAAGCCUCUUCUUGAGUUAUCAGAUUAAAAGACAGUGAUAAAAGUAGAAAAACUAAAAAGUUAAACUUAAAAAAUAAACCAGCAAUUGCACGAGGUUUCAAACGGACACUUGGCUUUUAAAGGCAAGGCUUUUAUAACUCUCAGUACACACGCCUAAGCUCGUUAGUUAAAGAAUCUCUUCCCAAAGACAAUAUGGCGUAAGGGCUACACUGUUUUCUUAAGUUUAAUCAAGAAAAUAAGCUGUUUCCAAGAUUUUGCUACCAGACGCUAAAACCAAAUUGAAAAAAUGCUCAUGAUGCAGUGGGCCCCAGAAGCUAAAGAAAUCAACUGGGAAAAUUUAGGUAUAAAGCACAGUGACAAAAUGCAGCUUUUAACUCUCACAUUUAUCCUUUCUAUAAUUGCAGCUAUAUUUUGUGGAGUCAGCUUGACCUUCCUCUCGAAGGCUAUACCAGGCUUCUAUAUUUUGAUAUUCAAUAUCACAAUAAUGAUUUUUUACUCAGUAUUUUUAGAAUAUCUUUCAGAAAAGAAGAAAGGAAAGACUAAAGGUUCAAAAGCUUAUUUCUUGCUGAGCAAACAAGGCUUUUUUAUUCUCAUUUAUUUCGUACUUCUGCCCGUCCUCUAUUAUGCAUUUGCAGACUCUGACUCUACAGGUCUCAGAACAUACUCUUUAUUUAUUUUUUUCCUUGUAAACUCUGGCUUUUAGUUUUUGGGAAUUGUAAUUAAUGGGAAAUCAAGAGCUCACAUUUCUUUUAAAAAGAAAAUAAACAAAAAUCCUCAGCUUGCAAACAAAUUCUGUCAAAAAGAGCUGAACGAAAAAAUGCAAAAACCUGAAUUUGAGCUAGAAUAGCGUAUGAUUGGUGUUAUGUAGUUGUGGACAUACUCAACAAUUCAUGCUUUCUUGUGCACAUACACUCUCCUUAUUUCCUUAGUGUUUUUAAUCAUCAUUUAUUAUUCUUGUAAGUACAUGCUUUUUAACUAAUAUAGUAUCUACAAUUACAAAACUCUUUCCCUUCAAAGAAAAUUUUUAAGUACCUAUUCUGUUUGCUUUUAAUUUGCUGUGUUAUUUAUAUUCUAAAUUGCUAACCACACAGACUUACAAAGAAUACUCGGAGGUUCUUUCUUUGCAAUUAUCUACAUUGGCUAUCUAGUAUAUAGUCAUAAAAGAUAAGCUAAGCUCAAAGACUAAAGAAUUUAAUAACUAUUAAAAGAGCCAUUGCUUGAAAAUGAAUCAAAAGGUUAGUAUAUUCAACCCCAUGACUCUUAUUCUGUCCUAUUUGGUAAAUUUUUGUAAAACUACGAGUAACCUUAUCUCGAAGAAGAAAUUCAAAAUACUCUUGAAAUAUCUAACCCCUUCUACCAAGAUGUGUUAAAAAGCUUCAUAAGCUAAGGAAAUUUCUUUAAGCGUGCUUCUUCAAACUUUUAAGGUUGA